AUGAAGAAUUUUUUGAUUAUUAUUAUUUUACUUAUUUCUUCAUUUCAAUUCUCAAUAUCAAAUCGAAAACAAAAUCAUUAUAAUGGACAAGAAUUCGAAGAUAUUAUUAUUGAUAUUUUGCAUAAAUAUUUUACAUAUGAAUUUGAAGAGCCAAUAUCAAUUAAUCAUAAUAUAGAAAAUAAUAAUGAUGAAAUUGAAGUUGAUCCUAAUGAUCAUGUUAAUGUUGAAUUAUGGAAUAAAUUAAAUGAAGAAGAUAUUAAAAAAAUGUCGGUUAUUAAUGAUUAUUCAAAUGAAUAUGUUGCUAAGAAAUGGUUAAAAUGGUAUCUUCCUAUAGCACAACGAUAUAGUCAAGUAGGUGCUCAUGUCCAUUGGAAUUAUAUGACAAACAUAACUGAAGAAAAUCAAAAAGCAAUGACUGCUCAAAAUCUUAUUCGAUCACCAUUUAGUCGUUCAGUAUUACCAAUAGCAAAAAAAUUUAAUGAAUAUAUGAAAUAUUCAGAAAAUGAUGAUUUAAAACGUACAUUUGGUCGUUUAGCAUCAAGUAUAACUAGUAAUAAUGAUGAUGAUGUAAAAAGAACUUCGAAAUUAGAUAGUCAAUUAGAAGAUAUUUAUUCAACAACAAAAGUUUGUGAAUUAAAGGAUAAGAAGAAAUGUUAUCCACUUGCACCAUAUUUAGAACGAUUAAUGCAAAUUGAAAAAGAUUAUGAUCGUUUAUUAUGGGCAUGGAAAGGUUGGCAUGAUGAAUGUGGAAAUAAAAUUCGUCCAAUUUAUUUACCUUAUAUUGAUUUAUUGAAUAAACAUGCUAAAGAAAAUGGAUAUCAAGAUCUAGCUGUAAGUUUACAGGUCAUUUUUUUCCUGGUCUGGUCAAUCGAGCAAACCAGGCUGAUUGAUGCUGCCGUUUUUUUUUAAAUCCACUAAUGAGGGGUAGGUUUCUAAGUGUGAAACUGAUUUUUUGAGUCAAGAUUAUGUACAUCAUGUAGGUUUUAAUGAACUAUGAAUACAUUGACAAGAGUGCAGACUAAUAGCUUAUUGCUGCCAAGCUACUAUGUUUUAUAGCAGAACGUUGUAGUUCCCCUUAGGAAAGCUAAUUUUCGAAUUUCGACUUGAGAUAGGCCUUAACAAUGGAAGUGUAUUGUGAAAAUUUCAGAUUUUUUAAUUGGGUAUAUUCUGAAAUAAGAACAUCAGAAUUAGUCACUUUAUAUGAACGGCGUGAAAAAUAUGCUUUUAUCAUAGCCGUAUCCUUAGAAUAGAAGAAAUUAAAAGGUCUGAAACUUUACAAUAAACUUCCUUUAUUAAGGCCUGUCUCAAGUCGAAAUUCGAAGCUCAGUGUUCUUGACGCUUCUGGGAGGGCCACGACAUUCUGACAAAGAAUACAGUAUCUUGGCAAUAACGAACUAUUCUCAGGAUAUUCAUAGCUCAUUAGAACCUAUUUAAUGCACAUAGUUUUCACUCAAAAAGUAAGUUGACACUGAGAACAGUUCUCUCGUAAAUUCUAUAACCUUAUUAUAAUGUAUCAUUCUACUUUCAGUCAGUUACUUAAGGACCUCCUGAAAAAGUCACUUUUCGUCAAAAUUAUUGAAAUUCAAAUAAAUGCAGGAAAAGAUAGUCCGUGAUCUGAGCUCUUAUAAACGACAAAAACCUUUACUUGGCAUCUUUUUUUUUCCAAAAAUUUUUGAAGAUUUCUAUCAUCCCCUAUUCGAAAAACAAGCUGUUUUUGAAAAAACUGAAAGCUUUGUCGAUAGGUUGUCGAUCAGAUCUCCACGAAUUCUUGAAGGAGUUUCAUUGUAGCCAAUAGUUUUUAUUUUGUUUGAAAGAGUAUGGAAAGCUGCAGUGCCUAUGAGAGCCAGUUUUUUUUAUUAAGCUUUGGUUCUAUUAUAUAUACGAUCCUUUAUAUAAUUAGAGUACCAUUUUUGGAGAGUUAUUUUUGUACCAUUGAACUUUCGAUCUCCUUUUUCCCUUAAAAAGUAAGAGUUUAAAACAAAAAUGGCUCUCACAGGCACUGCAGUUUUCCACGCUCUUUCAAACAAAAAAAAACUAUUAAAUGCAUAAACUGAAGACUACAAAGAAAUUAUUUUAGAGACGCAAUUAGCUAUUUUUUGACCAAUAUCUCCGUCAAAUGUCAUGAUACAGUGCUGAAAAUUUUACCAUAGCAUUCUCACACCAACCUCAACAUAUCCUGAAAAUUUCAUGUCACUCGAACGUUUCUGGCCUGAGAUCAAUUUUUGAGGGCGGAGCCUUAAUUUAAUUUGAUGAAGAUCAAAUAAUGACAAGUUGUUGUACGAAACAGAAAGAUAAAUCAGCAAAAAUAUUUCUCAAACAAAAAGAAAACAUUAAAUUUUAUCGAAAUAUUUUUAAAUAUAUCAGUACUAUUUGACAUAAUUUGUACACGCAGUACUGCAAGAAGAUGAAAAUGCUGUUAUAAAUGGAAUUAAAAUGAAUUUGUUCUAUGUGAGUGUAAGUGACUAUGUCGGAAGGAAUAACCCAUAUCUCCGCAAAAUUUUAAACUUGUGGCGCCAUCUUAUGUUUCAAGUUAUACUAGGGAAAAUAAUAUUAGAUCACAGAGACCAACAGCUUUGACCUGACCUAUUUCAAAACUCAGCUUGGUCUGUAGUGGUGGAGUCGGAGAAAUUUGUAGAGAGAAUGGAGCUCUAUCCCUGUUUGAAACUGAAAAGCAAGUCUUUUCUUUGUCUGUAAUAUAGAACUGUGACAUUUCUAGAGGAAGUUCAAAGGUUUAUGCAGAGAGCUCAGUUAAGACUGAUCUGCCAAGAUGACAGCUCUAAUAGAAAUAUAGAAAUAAAAAGCUGUUAGAACAAUUCCUGCGGGAUUAAAAAGUUUGUUUCUAAUAAUAAUUAUUUAUCUAUUAUUUUAUUUUUUUGUUAGC